GUAAAUGGUUAAUGUAGCGGUUUGCUAAGAGGAAAAUGACCAGGUAUAUUAAUAAGACUAGCCAUUAAUACUGGGCAGGCGUUUGAACCAAUGUCUGUUUAUAUCGGAUGGAAAACAUUAAUCCAGAAGUGAGAACAUUAAUAAUGGGGAUACACAGAGGAGGUUUUGGUGUAUUGUUGAUGGAGUCAUAUAGAUUGUUUAUAAAUGUUUAUUUAGGUAGUUGUGUUUCAUGAGAAGGGGGCACAUGGUAUUGAAAAACUGCGAUCAGUGAGACGGAUAUACAUAACACAAUAUGAGAUCAGAAACUGUUACAGGGAAGUGAUUUGGAAGGUUUAGUCAUUGUGAUAACAAUCCGUGGGACGAUCAGUGUAUAGCUCGCUUUCUUGGAACUCGUGUCCCCAUCCGCGGACUGGAAUCAUGCAUUUACCUACCCUGGGUAUGACUUCACUUGUGUUAAGUUUUCUGGUCCUAGCAGCAGUGGGUGUAGCGGCGCGCCGCAACAAGGUCCUUCUUGUGUCAAUGGACGGGUUCCGAUGGGAUUACGUGAAAACUAUCUCCACCCCUAAUCUAGACCGCCUAGCGGGUCUGGGGACACGGGCAGAGUACAUCAACAACACAUUCUGUACAAAGACAUUCCCCAGUCACUACAGUGUGGCCACAGGUUUAUACGAGGAAAGUCAUGGAAUUAUAGGAAAUGUGAUGUACGAUCCUGAAUUUAAUGAAACUUUUUCUCCCAGAACCCGUGAGUCAAAAUGGUGGAAUGAUGGCGAGCCAAUCUGGAUCACAGCGGUAAGAAACGGAUUAAAAAGCGCCACCUAUUUCUGGCCAGGAAGUGAGGUAAAAAUUCGUGGCCUAAGGCCAACAAAGUAUAAGAAUUAUUCCAGUGUAGAUGUCCGGAAACAGAUUGACAACGUCACUGAUUGGCUGAAGGGCGACAUUGACAUUGCUGUUAUGUACACCCCACAACCUGACAAAGCGGGGCACAAAUUUGGACCAAAUUCACGGGAACUAAGGGAAAAAGUACAGGAAAUGGACAGCGCUGUGGGAUAUCUUCUCGAUAUGCUAGAAGAGAAGGAACUUACGUCUGUAGUGAACCUCGUUUUGACCAGCGAUCACGGCAUGACAGAAAUAGAUUUUCAAAAAAAAAGAAUAGAAAUUGCAUCAUUAGUUAAUCUUAGCGACAUUGUCAGAAAAUCCGACAAAGGGCCACUUAUGCAUAUCACUCCAGUGGAGGGAAAGCUAGAAUCUGUAUACCAAGCUCUCAGCAAGAGUGAUAAAAUGACUGUGUACAAGAAAGAGGAUAUACCCGAAUACUGGCACUAUAAAAACAAUAGGCGGGUAAUGCCUAUUCUUUGUGUGGCAGACGAAGGGUGGUCGAUAUUAUGGGAUAAAGAUGACCUGAUUAAUAAGACUGAUCGGGGAAAUCAUGGAUAUGAUAAUCGACUGACAUCAAUGAAACCUCUGUUCUUCGCUGCCGGACCGGACAUCCGAAAAAACCACACCUGUCAGCCCUUUCUGUCUGUAGAUAUAUACUCACUUCUAUGCACUCUUCUGGAAAUCAAUCCCGCGCUAAACAACGGAAGUUUGGAACGCGUGCGCAACUUUAUUGUAAAACCUAAACCACGAACAGCAAAUCUCACUAACAAUGGCACAUAUAUGUUUCCCAGUGCAGUACUCUUGUCAUUGACAUUGUUUGUUUUCCUAGUAUUUGACUUUUUAUAGCAAUAGCGAAGAUAUUAAAACUUGACACUCUAGGAUGUUUUUUUUUUUUUUUCACUUUCUUCAUGUUUAAAAGGCAAAGUUUAAAACCAGGUACUGUAUUGUAGAUUUGAAUUGUAGAAAAAAAGCUUGGAAUUGUUUCUGUAACAUUUUAGAGUGCCUCUAAAAUCUGUGACACUUAUCAUGAAUGCCCACUACUUCAAUGAUUGGAGUAGGGUUUACAUAUAGCAUGAAUGUCUUUCGGAUCCCUUUUACUCACUGUUUAGUAAAUUUCUUAAUGUGUUAAAACUUUUCAUGCAUUGAGUAGGGAACGAUGUAGGAGGUCUAAUAUAGUAUAUACAUUAAUAUAACAAACAACCCCGUAUACUAUUAAUAAACAAAAAAAAUUCAAUUCUUUUUUUUUCAUGCAAGAUUUUUAUUUCUUGUUAAUCUUUAUAAUAAUUUAGUUUUUGUAGAUUUUUACUUUGGUCUUAUUUUUAUCAACUAAGGUUUGCAUGAUAUGACAAUUUGCCAUUGGU